CGGUCAGCGAGCAGGGUGACCUGCAGGCCCUCCGCUGGCUGCAUGCCGCCUGCCUGCGCCAGCUGGCCGCCCUGCCCACCACCCUGCAGCAGGACCUGCAGCAGCAGCAGCAGCUGUGCGGGGAGGUGGGCGGGCGGCAGGCGGGCGACGGGCAGCCGAGGGCCCAGCAGCGGCAGCAGCAGCAAGAACAGCAGCAACAGCAGCAGCAACAGCAGCAGCAACAGGAAUUAGGCUCGACGGAAGCGGGUGGCAAACUGGAGCACAAUGGAUCUCCGGGCGCUGUCGCCGCCGCGCGGACAAGCGUUGAGGCAAGUGUACCUGUCAGGACGGUGGAGGUGCAUGCGACAUGCACUACCCAAGGGGAAGCUGAGGCUGUGGCGGCAGCAGCCGACACCACAGCAACUAUCAGGGCUGUAGCAACAACAGAAGCAACCGCAGCGGAAGGAGCAGCAGACGGAGCAGCAGACGGAGCACCAGUAAGCACUACAGCGCAUGCACCACCAUCAUCAGCGGCUGCGGCAGCGGCUGCGUUGUCGGAUGGGCUGACCUGCGGCGGUCUGGCACUGCAGUGGCGGGUGCUGCAGAAGCGUAUUCUGGUGCGGGCGGUGCGGUUGGCGGAGGCGGUGUUGGGGCCGCAGGAGGCGGCGAGGGAGGCGGCACGCUACCUGGGGGCCCAGCCGCCGCGGCAUCCGCGGCAGGGCGGCAGGCUGAGAGCAGGGUGA